CUUGAUUAUCUUAGUUGUAGAUUAACAAGAUCUCUAUAUUUCUAACAUUAGAAGUACCAUUGAGAACCCAGUUUGUAAUAAUUUAUGUGGCAUCUUAACAUGUAAUCGCAAUAUGAGAGAAUGAAUUGUUGCUGAAUCCGAGGAGGUAUGAAACCAUGCACUUUUGAGUGCGGUGGUGAUUAAAAUAUUAUACGUGUGACUUUUCUUGCCUAAGUUAUUCAUUGAGGCAGAUUGAUAAGUAUAAGAGAAUAGUGAGGAAGUAAGAAGAGCCAUCAUGCUUUCAAGUAGCGAGGAGGAAGAGCGCACAGAGGAAGAAAGAGAAGCUGAGGGUGAUGAAAAGGAGGAGGAGGAAGAAGAGGAGCCGCAGGACCUUAGGGUGUGGUGGAUGGUGAGGUGGGUGUGUCAGCUGCUAGGUUACGCCCCUACCACCCGCCCAGCCCGCUUGGUGUGGCCUGAACACCCUGAUCAUCACUACACGCCUGCCCUAGUCGCCAGAUUCUUGGACGAAGCUGCGAAGGGAAAGAGUUUGGUCUUCUGGCAAGCAGAUUAUGCAGAGGAAGAUGAUGACAUGGAUGCAUCUCCCACCGACUACUCCCCGCCUUAUCCUAUCGCUUCUACAGCUGGUACAAACUCCUUCUCUUGGAAAUUUGACAAAAAGGAUGAGGACACGGAGGACGAGGAAAAUGAGAAGCCAGGGAGUGCCAAAGAUGUGCACAAACACACAAGCACCACCAAGAUGACUGGACCUUUGCUUCACGUGCAGGAAACAGCUGCCCCUCCCACUGUGGGUGUGCCAGUGGUGCUGGCAAAGAAAGCUUGUGUGGGUGCUGUGCCAGAUAUGGAGAACAAAAACCAGGCGCAGGAACUAAUGCCUCUCCACAUCCACCUGACAUACCUUCUCCCACACACCCACCAUGCCCUCCACACCAUCUUCAGACAGGUGUAUGUGCCUCUUUGUGAACGCCUGGGAAGGAAUGACCGAACUUCCUACUUGGCUAACCUUGCCCGUAAGUUUUCCAGGUAAGUUUUGAUGAUAUACACACUCUGUGUACUCUCAUUGGUGGUCAAGUUUAGCACAAAAAUUU